ACUAUUAUUUGCCCCUAGAUAUUGUACAUAUACAACAAAUAUAAAUUUGCCUCUAUAGCUAUUAAAUUGUGCCUCUAAUUAUAUAAUUAAUUUAACUACAUAAAAUCAAUCAGUACUUUUAGCGACACAUUCUUUUUUUUUUUUUUUAACUACCAGUUUUAGAGGCAAUUGUGAGCUGCUUGCUGGAGGGCGGGAGUUUGAGCGCUCUUUUUUGUUUUCGGCUUGGACUCGAGAUUUUGAAUUUUUUGCUUUUGAUUAAGAGUCCUUUUUUGUUAGAAGAUUAAGAGUCUUUGACUCACACAGAAAGGUAAUUUCCCUCUUUGAUCGAAUAAAAAAAAGGAGAAAGUUGAUUACUUUACUUCGUAGAAUGAGGCAGCUUUACUCUCAUUGGAAGCUAAUUUCCCCCUUUCGAUCAUCCGCUCUAAACAAAUAUACCACUCUUGGUUACUUUCCUCCUCCGCUACCAAACACCCUUAACUAGAUCUACAACCCCUCUUUUCAUCCCACUCUUUCUCCAUCUCUGUCCCGAUCUCUUCUGUAAAGGAACCCCAACCAAAUCCAUGCCCACCCUCCCCUUCGGCUCCCACAAUCUUCCUUCAUCCAAUCUCAUCCCUUCCGAAAGAAAGCGACGCAGCGAUGAAGACGAAUUUGUUCAACACCUUGUUACGUCGGCGGUGAAGAGCGUUCCUUCUGGAGGCGUUCACUCGCAUAUUGAAUCAUCUGUAGGGGCUCUUGUCUGGAAAUUGCAUCCAUUCCUUCCAGUCUUGUUAGAGCCUCGGAGUUCCUGCACAAAACUCUUUUUUUUUUCCUACAGGCCCCGGAUGCCAGCCAGAGCUGAAGAAGAUCCACAGUAUUUCAAUUCAGUAGAUUGUGGAUUGAUUUACUGCUUCGAUUUGGUGGUGGGAAGAGGGAAACUCACUAUUACCCUGGAGAUAAACAAAAUAGCAUCACCGGAUGGCCUGCUUCUUUCUAUUGCUAGCACUAAGGGCACUUUGAACAGAAUUUCCCACACAUGGAUGGCACUUGGAUACAAGAGGUAACUCUAUCCGGAUUUGCCAUUAGUAACUGAGUUAAAUAAUACUCUUUUCAGAUUUUAAUGGUGUGAUUUGGUAGUGGGUUGAGUGAUGAUGAUAAACUUGAUUUUGGAUUCAUUUCUUAAAAUGCUAUCAUUUAUGAUGAUCGUAGUUUUACCAAAGUAUCAGUUCAGUUGAUUCAUUUAUAAUCUUGCUUAUCUUCAGGUACGAAGAGGAGUCGGUCGAGUUAAAAUUUAUGAUCUUGCUAGAAAGUCAAGUCUAGGAUGCACAAGGAGUUGGAAUACAUAGAGAAUUAAUUAGAGAGUUGAAUUCUCUUUUGCAGCUAUGUACAGCAGUGCAGCUCUUCAUGACUGUUAUUUCCUCUUGAUUUAGCUGCUGAUAUUUGCCCCAAUGAAAUGUUAAGCGGCAUCUAAUUUUCGCACUUAUGUACUCUCAUUUUCUUUCUCUUCAAUCUUAAGUUGUACACUCAUUACUCUGUGGUUCAAUUAUUAUAUCAAUGUAAUGUUGUAUAAUAUAUUCAUAUUUCUGAAUCUAUUCUCUUUUUUUUACAAUAAAUCAAUACACAAGCACGUUUAUUAGCCUCUAAAAGUUAAUUUCAUUUGCAAAACUAUUUGCCUCUAGGUAGCCUCAUUAACUAAGUUCAGACACAAAAAUAUAUAUAUGUCUCUAUAGAUAAUAUUGGAGGCAAGUUUAAUAGCCGCUAAAGAUCAUUUGAGAGGCAAAUAAUAUUGAAUAUAGAGGCAAAAUGAAAGUGACAUUAGCGGCUAAAAUAUCAGUGACAGAAUCCUUAAUCAGCAACAGAUAAUAUAUGCCGCUAUAUUUGCAUCUAUAGAGCUAUAGCCACUAGAGUAUUUGAGGCAAAUGUAUUAUAUGCCUCUAAAUAUAUACAGAAGCAAAUAAAAGACUUAUAGAGGCAAGUUCUCUUAGCCGCUAUAUAUGGAUUUUGUUGUAGUGAAACAAAUUUGUUAAGUGUAACUGGUAAUGAUUCUCUUACCGCAAGUGAGGAAGAGAGGAGGAAGAGCGUUGCUUAAAUAAAGGAAAACUACAAAAGGGCUGGAGGAAUACUAACACUCUCCUACGUAAACAUCGAGUGUAAUUAUUUCCAUAGCAUGCAAAGAACACUUAAAAAGCAGGAAGCAUGAGCUGGAAAAUUAAAGUAAAUGUUUGUGUCACCCAAGACAAGCAAAACACCUAGAGUAACUGUUUCCCAAUGGUUGUCUUAGCUUUUUAGGUUUUUAAUUUGUUCAAAAGAUUUUAGCCCUAUAUUUGUACUCAGAUACAGAAAGCGUUCACUGGGCAAGGGUUUUGUAAAAAGGUCUGCUAAUUGAAAGUCAGUCGAUACAAACUGAAGAUUUACUUGUCCAGCUUGAACCAAUUCUCUUAUAAAAUGAUACUUAAUUUCUAUGUGCUUGGUUCUUGAAUGUUGUACUGGGUUCUUUGUCAUGCAAAUUGUGUUAGUGUUAUCACAACAAAUUGGGAUAUUAUUCAUUUUAAACCCAUAAGUUUAUCUUCUAUUACAAUAUUAAAGAAGGACAAUCUCAUGUGCAAUAAGUUUGAAUAUGGAGUUUUCUACCAACAAAGCUUUGACAACACGAAAAUAAUGAGUUGAAUGACAAAUCUCCAUGAACAACAGCUUAAUUACAGCAAGACUUGAUAAUGCAUGAAAUAAAUUGGAUGGACCAAUGAAUGGCCACUUUCAUUUCCAAUUCAUGCACAAAGAGCAAUGAGAAAGAUAGCGCAAAGGGUGAUCUACAAAAGUGGUAAUUUGUUCCCAAUUCCCUAUUGCAGAGUCACGUAUAUAGAGUAUACCAUGUGAACAUAUUUGCUUUACAAACCCACCUUGACUUUAUUUCUAUUAAAAAAAAAACACUCAAGUUGGUUUCAAAAAAAAAAUUGUCAGAAAAAGAAAAGCUGAGCAAACCAAGCAUAUCUUAAAAUAAACCAAUUCCUUGGAU